UGUUUACAUUUGUUACCUACUUAACCCAUUUUAAAAAUGGCUACUUGUAGUAGAAAUUUCACAAAUCAAACCAAAACAAGAAAAACCCAUUUGCAUAAUCCAUAAAUGAUAAACCCCACCUGAAAAAAAAUUACCCUGUUCCUCAAAGCCUCAGAAUUCACCAAAUUUUCUGAGCUGUAAAAAUUUGAUUUAUUUUCUGGGAAAUUCAUGGAAGCGUCAGCUUCACCGGAAAAGUCAGAACUUUCUGCUGGAAACGGGCAGAAUGGAGGUAGAGGAGAGGAGGAAAGAGUCAAAGGUGAAGAGGGUGACCGGAACUCUGGCGGUAACAGGUGGCCAAGAGAAGAAACCCUGGCUUUGUUGAAGAUAAGGUCGGAGAUGGAUACCGUGUUUAAAGACUCUGGUCUCAAGGCUCCUCUUUGGGAAGAAGUUUCAAGGAAAUUAUCGGAACUUGGCUAUAGUCGUAGUGCGAAGAAAUGCAAGGAGAAGUUUGAAAACAUUUAUAAAUAUCAUAGAAGAACCAAAGAAGGUCGAUCUGGCAAAACUUAUCGGUUUUUUGAUCAGUUACAAGCUCUAGAUACACAUUCCACCCUUCCAUCUUCUUCCCCUGAAAAGAUUAAUUCUUCUUUGGCAAUGGAAAUUGACCCAAUAAGUACGGUAAAAAAUGAUGCGCCACGUGCUAUCCAAAAUCCGAGUUUAAAUUCAAUGGACACCUCCACUUCAACUACCUCUACAUCUAGUAAAGAGUCGGCGGGCACACAAAAGAAGAAGAGGAAAUUGACAGAUUUUUUUGAGAGAUUGAUGCAAGAAGUCGUAGAGAAGCAAGCGGAUUUACAAAAGAAAUUUUUGGAAGCAAUAGAAAAGUGUGAACAAGAUAGAAUAGCAAGAGAGGAGGCUUGGAAGAUGCAAGAAUUGGCUGGGAUUAAGCGAGAGCGUGAGCUUUUGGUGCAAGAAAGAUCCAUUGCAGCAGCCAAGGAUGCUGCAGUACUUGCUUUUUUGCAGAAGUUUUCGGUACAAUCAACUCCAGUGCAAUUGCCUGAGAACCCAGUUCCUGCAGAGAAAGUUGUUGAUGGGCAAGAAUUUAGUAAUGGUGGCGAGAGUUUUUUGCAUUUGGGCUCAUCAAGGUGGCCUAAGGAUGAAGUUGAAGCUUUAAUAAAGCUAAGGACUAAUCUCAAUGGGCAUUAUCAAGAAAAUGGACCUAAAGGGCCACUGUGGGAGGAGAUAUCAGCAGCAAUGAAAAAGCUUGGUUACAAUCGGAGUGCAAAGAGGUGUAAAGAGAAAUGGGAGAACAUGAACAAAUACUUCAAGAAGGUUAAAGAAAGCAAUAAGAAAAGGCCUGAGGAUGCCAAGACAUGUCCAUACUUUCACCAGCUUGAUGCCAUAUAUAAAGAGAGGACAGCAAAGAAGGUUAAUGAUCCUGUUAAUCCCAUCUACGAGUUGAAACCCGAAGAACUCUUAAUGCACAUGAUGGGAUCCCAAGAAGAACGACAACAGCUUGACUUAACAGCUGACAACAACGGUGAAAGCGAAAAUAUUGAUCAUGAUCAAGAAGAUGGAGAUAAUGAAGAUGAAGAUGAGCAAGAUGAUUAUCAAAUAGUAGCUACAAAUUCCUCUUCGGUUGCAAUCAUGGAGUAAGAAGAAAGACACAUACAGGAAGUUCCUUUUAGAACUAAAAUAAUUGUUGUUCUCAACUUUAAGAUGUGGGUCAUGUCCUCUUUAUACAAAACAAAUUAGUCAGUUUUGAUUGGCUCAUUCCAUAGUCUACUUCUGCAGUAUAGUUUUUUUGGGUCAAAUUUCCAGCAUUUAAACCUUCAACAUGCUAACAUGUGAAGGUAUCUGGGAAAAUGGCUUAGUGUCUAGUUAUAUAAUGUCUGUAUAUGUUCCAUCAUUUGUUGAAUAAAUGUUGUGAAAAAUAAUGAAGAAAAGCUUAGAGAGUAGAAUAAGACUAGAUGGUGUGUAAUAUAUAUUUAGUAUUUUACAUUUACAAUUCUAUAUAAUUUAAUGUAACACCAUGUUUUUUAUUUAGCUUUUGAAGAUUCACGCCCCCAUUUGUGCA